CCACAACACCCCUUUUCCUGUCUGCCUUUUUACCACACAAUGUCCGCUACUAAGCGAAUAUCCCUGUCGCUCUGCUGCAGUCUGCUCUUCAUAUUCCUUGUAUGCGCAGCAGCACCCGACUUGGACAUCAUGGCCCAGAGUGCCCAGCGGCAGGGUGAGCAUAGGCAGAAUUCACAAGCGCAUGAGCUAGCGCCUGCCCUGCUCCAAACAAGAGUCGUCACAGUCACCCAGAUUGUGUCUGUCAAUCCACAACCAACUGCAACCGCCAGAGCCACCGAUGAUAGCGACAACAAGCAGCCAGAAUCAGCAAACAACAGCAGUCGGUCCUGGGUAGCAUUCGUAAUCCUUCCCUUAUCCAUCUGCCGCGCGCUCGCCACCACCUCUUUCAGCUACUUCAUGCGGCCUGUCUGGGGUGUAGCGUUUUGGUCAGUGCGUGUACUCGUAUAUCGUCCCGCUGUCUUCAUAUACCUGCUAUGUCUGGAGAAGCCGCUGAAGGCACUGAUCUCAAUAUUCCUGUGGAUUUUACCGACAGUGGCGUUCAUGAUGGCCACGGCGAUAGUGGGAACGCUGAUUGGCGGCACCACAGGCUGGGUCAGCGGCAUGCUUACCGGCGCACUGCAAUCGGUGGUAUCUGGAAACAAGCAUGAUAGAAAGACUGCCGACGACAAGCCACGGAUCGAUUACUCAAGGGGACCAAGAGCAGCUGUAUCGGUGCGCAGCGCCUCGGAGCCAUCACAGGUACAAAUUGCUUCUGGUCUAAGGCCAUUAAAACCUGUGCAUUCGAGGUCCCGCAGGUACGCAGACACCAGGUCGAGCAAAGAAGAGUGGUCGCGUCGGCGCCAAAGCACGAUGGCCAAAUAAGCAGUGACUGCAUCUAUGAUUUGUAACAAGAUAUAUUGAAUCGCC